CUUAAGAGAGAGAGAGAGAAAAAGACAAGGAAAUGAAGGAGCCUAAGCUUUAUUCUUCAAUACAAAUACAAUAAUAAUAAUACUAUUUGGCCAAAUGUCCCAUUGAUAAGUCAUCUGGGUGUGUUCCCAAUUUUCAAAUGGGAAGAAUCAGCUGCUUGCCCGAGUGUUAAGAAGCAGCUCCCGUCGAUUCAGGGCGACGCUUUUGCAUGGUGUUCAUUAAAUUAACAUUUUCUUUUUCUCCAUUUCGAGCCUUGUGAAUUUCCAUCUGUUUCUUUGUUUCUUUCUGAUCGCUUUUUUGGGCUGAAACCCGACCUGAUUUUGUGGUGGUUCAAAGCACUAGGCCAUUGGAAUGUGAUGCUGAAUCUUAUUUUUGUCUGCCUGUUUCUGGGUAUAUAAGGUGUUUGUGAAAAUGUCGCAGAGAGAAUUUUCCUUGGAAGGGACGUUUUUUGUUUUGAAAAACAGGGCUCUUUGAUUCUAGUCUGGUUGAAAGAGGAUUUUGAGGGCUUUUUUUUGGGGGGAGUGGAGAAAUGGAAAAGGGUUACUGUUCAGGUUGGAAAUAUGGUUCGAUUCAUGGGCUGAAGAAUGUGGAGGAAGAUGAAGAGCUGAAAAUGGUGUCAUCUUUGCCUUCAAUUCCUCAGCCUCAGACUCCACAGGAGCCUAUGGAGUUCUUGGCAAGGUCUUGGAGUCUCUCUGCUUCUGAGAUUACAAAAGCUCUUGCCCAAAAGCAGAAACAACUUUACAUUGAGAGGAGCCCCAUCACAAUUCCUGAGGCCAUUGUUGCCCCACAACUCCCAGGAAAGAUUGUGAGUUCUGUCCAUGCUUGGAGGGUGGGAUCAUUUGGAAAAUGGUUUCACUUUCACCACAAGGAGGCUGGUAAUAGCAUUGUCAAAAAGAAGGAUAGAGCAAGAAUUGAAAAUGCUCGUGUCCAUUCUGCAUUAUCUGUGGCUGCUCUUGCUGCGGCCUUGGCUGCUGUGGCAGCAGCUGAAAACCCCGGUGGCUCUGAUUCUAAAAUGGGCAUGGCUUUGGCCUCAGCUACUGAGAUUUUGGCAUCUCAUUGCAUAGAGAUGGCUGAAUUUGCUGGAGCUGACCACGAGCGAGUUGGUUCAGUCAUCAGAUCAGCAGUUGAUGUUCAGAGUUCGGGUGACCUCAUGACUUUAACAGCUGCAGCUGCCACAGCCUUGCGAGGAGAAGCAGCUUUCAGAUCGAGAUUGCCAAAGGAAGGCCGAAAGAUUGCUUCUGUGAGCCCUUACGAUAGGAUAAUGGCUCAAAAUCAUUGGGCUACUGCUUUUAAUAGCCAUAUGGAGGAGCAGGAACUUCCCUGUGUAGGUGAAUUACUGCAAUUUACGCGAAAAGGAACCCUGAGAUGGAAGGAGGUCUCUGUCUACAUCAACAAGAAGUCUCAGGUCAUAUCAUCAAUCAAAAGCAAACACGUCGGAGGGACAUUUUCCAAAAAGAACAAAUGUGUUGUUUAUGGGCUCUGCGACGAAACGUCUUCAUGGCCAUAUGAACGAAAGAGAGACGUCUCGAGCGAGGUCUAUUUCGGCCUGAAAACCGCACAAGGUCUUCUCGAGUUCAAGUGCAAGAACAAGAUCCAUAAGCAGAGCUGGGUUCAAGGGAUCCAAAGUCUUCUUCAUCGAGUUAACUGCAUCUAGACGACAAGAAGGUCGCUACAGAUUUUGCGUUUCAGUGAUAGUAUAUAGACUAAUUGUGCAUUUGGUAUAAAAUAAGCAUAUGUAAAUGAGUUAUCAGUGCCAAAGUUGUGUAAACUUGAGAUGAAAUUUGUUGUCAGUGUGCAUAAAAUCUUAGUAUAUGUAUGAGAAUGUUACAGACAACUCAAUUUUUAAGUAUUUGCUAAACCAUAAUAAUAGAAAGGAAUGGAAAUUUCUGUUA